AUGAAGCAGCGGCGCUCACUGUCGCACAUAGCCCUGGCAUUGCUGCUUUGUCCAUUGGCACUGGCACGGCACCACACAAGACAUCCCUCAGGAGCGGCUGAGGCCCAGGGCGGCCAGCUGUCCGAUGGCGUGACCUCUACAGAUCUGCACUACAACGAUGGUUCCCUGCUAAAGGAGCUGCACCCGCCCCCCACCUCCCCACAGAACGUGACUGUCGACCUGAACCUGCCGAUCUGCCACGACUUUGGCAGGACGGGCAAAUUCACUGGGCAGUGGGUGGAUCACCCAGACCGCAACUUCAGGCAGCACUCGGCGUGCCCCAAGUGGGCGCACGAUUUUGACUGCGACACAAGCGCCGGGCCGUCUGACAAAAAUCCGGCGCUGCUCGCGUCCGAGUACCGCAAGGUCUUCCAGCCGGAUGAGUGCAACCUGCGCCCCUGGGACACCCAGGGGUUUGACACGUGCAUGAAGGGGCGACGCAUAAUAUUCGUGGGGGACUCGAUGACGUGGCAGAUGUACACCUCGCUGGCAUGCCUGCUGGCGCCCGUUACGGAGACGGGCGUCGGUGUUACAUGGGAGAAAUCGAACACUACGGUGACUGGGGAAUACAAGGGGCGCGAAUGGAAUGAGGGCCGCCACAUCAUGAAGCAGUACUGGGCCCAGGUGAAGCUGAAAAACGGUGGUGAACUGAUCGCGCGCUGCUUUGGCCGUUUCAACGGUACACUGUGGGACGACGUCUUUGCUGAGCUGGGGCCGUUGACAGAGCGUGAUGUCAUCAUCGUCAAUUUUGGCGCUUGGUACCCGCGCUUCAACUACUACGAGAUCAGGACACCCUUUGAGGCAUACAAGCAGGACGUGAGGGAGAUCUUCAUGGAGAAACUGGCCAAAUCUCCUGCCCAGACCAUCUGGAGGAUCAACUCGCCCUCCCACUUUGGCGGCCACACCGGCACAUUCACCGCCAUUGAACAGAUGCUGAUGCCGGAGGGCGUCCCCAAGCGCCAGCACUGCGACCCGGUCACCGUCGGCGAGUACUGGUUCCGUGACGCCGUCUUACAAACUCUCAAGGAGUGCGGCGAGCCCUGCAAGAAAAUCAAGCUGCUGCCGGUGUUCGACCUCAGCCUGGCGCGGCACAACAGCCACCAUGGAAGCUUCGGCCGCGGCCGCGAUGUCGACAUGACCGACUGCCGCCACUUCUGCCUGAAUGUCAUCGACUGGUGGAACAUCCUGCUCUACUCCAUGAUGUGCUUCCCCUGA